AGCACUGCCCGAGAGGACAGCGAGGCUCGCAAGGAGAGAGAAAAGCGUGAGCGACAAGAGGCCUCCAUUCGAAAACGUGAAAAAGAAGUGAAAGAGGCCCUUUCCAACACAAUGAUGGAAAGGGAUAAGGAACGCGAGUCUCACUUGCGUUCCGACGCAGAGUCCACUUACCACUCGCUUCUUGUCGACUUAAUCAAAGACGAUAGCCUCUCGUGGAAGGAAGGCAAAAAAAUCCUCAGAAAGGAUAAUCGUUGGGAGUCUGUCGGUGAGAUUCUGCCCCGCUCAGAGCGCGAGAAACUUUUCUUGGCCCACAUCGAUAACCUCGUUAAAAAGACCAAGGACAUCCUGUACAAGUUCUUCAAUGAUUGUGAGUCGGUAACUUUCUCGAGCAAGUGGAAGGAAGUCAAGCGAAAAUUGCAAGAGGACUCCCGCUUGGAAAAAUUGCUUUCCAACGAACGCAAAUGUGAGAAUGAGUUUAACUGCUGGGCCGACGAAAUGGAGUCAAAGGCCAAGGACAACUUUAUGGACCUUUUGAAAGAAAAAUCCUUCCUUCUGCAAAAGGCUAAACGACAGUCGUCGCAGGAGGAUACAUUUUUGGACGAUGUUCUCAACACAUUGAAAGAAGACAAACGGUACAGUGCGCUAGACUCCAUACAUCCUCAACGGCUCCUGCUCCUGGAAGAGUAUUUAGACAGGCUUUCCGACUAA